AUGGAGCUUAGCUUUAAGCACCAACUUGGACUUUUUUGUGUUAUACUGCUUUUUCCUGCAAUGUGUCACUGCCAGGAAUAUUAUACUAAAUCCAGAGCAACCUUUUAUAGUACCUCUGAUGGCUAUGGGACUCCAACGGGAGCUUGUGGAUUUGGGGAAUAUGGAAGGAAGAUGAAUUGGUAUGAUGGAAGAGUCGCAGGGGUCUCUGGGCUAUGGAGGAAUGGAGUUGGCUGUGGUACAUGCUAUCAGGUGAAGUGCCUAAUAGAAAACUUAUGCGAUGAGAAUGGAGCAUACUUGGUGGCAACAGAUCAGGGUUAUGGAGACAACACAGACUUCAUCAUGAGCCCACGGGCCUUCUUAAAACUGGGACGUGAUCAAAGUGCUUAUGAAGAGCUUAAGAAAUACGGUACAGUGGAUAUUGAAUACAAAAGGGUUCCAUGUACCUACACUGGCAACGUCUUGUUCUAUAUCAAGGAAACUAGCAGCAACCCUGGUUACUUUGCUUUGGUCAUUCUCAAUGUAAAUGGAAUAAACGACGUCACUGAUGUUGAAAUCUGGCAGGCUGGAGAGUGGAAGGCACUUAACAGGAACUAUGGAGCAGUGUUUGACUUUCCCAACCCUCCCAGUGGCGACAUCCGGUUGAGGUUUAGAGUGAGUGGCAUGUCUGAUUGGGUGGACCCCAAGAUUGUGAUACCUAGUAACUGGAAGCCUGGAAACACCUAUGUCACCGAGGUUCAGCUUAAAUAG